AUGAAGCAACCGCCGACCCAAUCCUCCAUCAAAUCCUUCUUCCAACCCCGCCAGCAACCCUCCUAUGCUCCGCCGCCCCCAUCGUCAAAGUACGCCCCCGCGCCGUUAUUGACAGGAACAGCUGCAGCUGCCCCUCCUACGACCAAACCCCCACCAUCGUCAACAUCAACUCCUCCCCCCCCUCCGAAAUCCUCAGUGACAACGACGACUACAACGAUAUCACCACCGAGAAUAUCGCCCCCAGCAACGACGCCGCAAACAUCACAACCGCCAGCCUCGACGCCCCUUAACCCAAGUGCCGCGAUCCACCCCGUCUCAGACCAAGACCUGCAACCUCUCCGCCGCAUAAACUCCCUCCUCCUCCCAGUAGCCUACCCAGAAACCUUUUACGCCGCAGCUCUCACGGGCCCCUUCUCCCGCGUUGUCACCUGGCGCGACCAACCCACGACAAACUUCUCCCAGGAAAUCGUCGUCGGCGGCGUCGUAGCCCGCAUCGAACCCUCCCCCUUUCCCUCUGCGACCCCGACGCCGACCCGCCUCGAGCACGCCCUCUACAUCCAGUCUCUCGCCCUCCUCUCGCCCUACCGCUCCCAUGGCCUCGCCACCGCCGUGGUAGACCACCUCGUCGCCGCCGCCGCCAACUCCUCACCCGACGUCAACCUCCGCCACAUCUACGCACACGUCUGGACCGACAACGAGGAGGGCAUGCGCUGGUACGCCGCCAGAGGUUUCGAGCGCUACGGCGAGCCGCUGCAGGGGUACUACAUCAAGCUCCGCCCGGACUCGGCUUGGAUCGUCCGCCGCGCCGUCGGGCCUCUGUCCAUCGGCGGGCAGCAACAAUCGUUGUCUUCAUCCUCGUCCGAGAGAGCCACCGCACCUCCGACUCCGGGUCCCACCGCCGCCGUCGCGAACCUGCCACCCAUGAACGGAAGCAGUAGCGGCGGCCCCCCUCCACCGCUGUCGAGAUCGGGCACAUCUUUCCAGAAUCGCCGCGCCGCGACAGAGUGGAACGACCUACCCGACGAGAUGGCCUCGGCCAAGCUUGCCCCUCCCAAAAGCAAUGGCGGCUCGGGCGCGAGUUCCAGGAGCAGCUCGACGGUGAGGAAAAAGAAGGACAGGUCCUACCCGGCUGCUGCGUUUCAGGGCUAG